UUCCUUCCCUGCUCCUUUUAUGCUCCAGCUGACCUCCUUGUUCUCCCUCUGUGCCGCUGGUUGCCUGGAGGGUGAAGAUGCUCAGCCGUCUGUCGGGGCUGGCCAACACUGUCCUCCAUGAGCUCUCUGGGGAUGGAGAGGAUGCCGCGACGGCACCGUCGCCUUCGGGAGUGGAAUUUGAACCCAGCCAGCAGAAUGGGGAGGAGACCCCAGAAGACGUGCUGGAACGGCUGGCCCAAAUGGAGACGCUGGUGGUGCAGCUGAAGACCCUGGUGCGGGAGAAGGAUGCCCAGCUCCAGCAGAAGGAUGCCACCCUUCAGGAAGAGAGGCAGGCGGCGGAAGCUAAACUGCUGAAGCUGAAGCUGCAGGCCAAAGUCAAGGUGGGCAACCUGAACAAGCGCAUCGAGGAGCUGACGGCCCAGGGAGGGGCAGUGCGUGCCGAGGGGCAGCCGGAAGGGACCCCCCCGCCCCCUGUCCAGGGUGAGCGCAGCAAGAGCGACGGGCCGGCGGACGAGACGGGCGCGCUGAGGGGGCAACUGGAGGAGCAGGAAGAAAGGGUGAGGGGCCUCCAAGGGCAGCUGGAGGAAGCAGCGGGAAGACUCGGGGACGCCCAGGCCCAGAUCAGCUCCCUCCAAAAGGAAGUGCUGGAGAAGGAGUCACUCCGUGAAGAACAGGCUCUCCAGCACCAGGCAGAAGUACGCCAGGUGGAGGCCCGCGAGGCAGAAAUGCAGCAGAACCUGAGGCAGCUGGAAAGAAAGGUGGAGGAACAGGAGGAGGCCCUGCUGGGCAGGACACAAGUGGUCGAAUUGCUGCAGCAGGAACUGAACGGCACUCAGGAAGAGAAGCAGAACCUGAGGCAGCUGGAAAGAAAGGUGGAGGAACAGGAGGAGGCCCUGCUGGGCAGGACACAAGUGGUCGAAUUGCUGCAGCAGGAACUGAACGGCACUCAGGAAGAGAAGCAGCAUCUCCGGGAGACGUUGCAAGAGGCCGAGGCAGAGCUGGAGGCCUCGAGAGACGCUCUGGCUUCCGUCCAGCAGGAAUCCGAACACCUGGUCAAGAGCCUGCAGCUGGAACGGGCCGAGCAGGAGUCCGUUUUCCGGCAGAGCCAGGAGGAGGUCCGAGAGCUGAGCCAAGAGCUGGCCCGGGCGAGGGCAGUCCGGACCGAGCAAGAGCAGGAGAGGGAGGCCGAGGAAGCCCGGCACGCCCGGGAGGUGGCGGAGAAGGAGCAGGAGCUGGCCGAGCUUCAAAAGGCAGAGCAGGACCUGCGGGCCAGUUACGAGGCUGUCCAGGCGGAGAACGCCCGGCUGCGUCAGAAGGCGGAUGGGCCAGGGGCGAGCUCGCCCGAGGACGCUCCUGCCGCCCAAGGGGAGCCCCCCGAAAGACCCCCGGAGCUUGGCUCGUCUCCGCCAGAACUGGAAACAGCGGCAGUCCAGUCUCUUCCCCUGAACCAGCCCAGCGUAGGUGGGACCCUUGAGGAGCUCCUGCAGGCCCAACAGGACGGACAGCCGGAUCUCCUGGAAUACUUUGCCGAGAAGAAGCAGCGCGAUCUGUCAGUCUUGCUUCUGGAACUGCAGGAGGCCCAGGAAGAAAUUGCACUGCUAAAGGGGCAGCUUCCGGUCACGAGCAGCCUGGAGACUGAAGCGGGACAAUCCCAGGGGAGCGAGGAGGCCGAGAGAGAGGGAGAAGGAGCCGUGCCCAUCCAGAGUGAUUCCAGCAGCAGCUCCCUGGUCACGGUAGACCUUCAGGACUCUCCUUCUGUUCUGGGCAUGCUGUUGGGCCCGGAGGAGCACGAAACCACUCAGGGAAUAUCUCUAGACUCCGGGCUGCAGUUACAGAAGUUGGAGCUUGAAGUCGCCGAACUGCACAGAAGGCAUCAAGAAGCUGUGGAAACCCACGAGAGAACCCUGGAGGAGAAAACAGCAGACAUCGACCAGCUUCAAGAACAGGUGGACGGCUCAGCCAGGGUUGUGCAGAGUCUGAGCGCAGAGCGUGACCAGCUCCUGUCCCAGCUGAAGGAACUCUGCUUCCUAGCGGAGCUGAAGGACCAGUUGGAAGGAGGUCCUGCUCACCCAGAGCAGCAGCAGCAGCUUCCCAACUAUGAGAGUGGAAUCUCUCACCUGGGUUUGUUGAAGGAGCAAAUUCAGAGUCUGAGGAACGAGGCCAAAUCCAAAGAGGUGAAAAUCGUCGCUUUGCAGAAGGACCUGGAUGAAGCCCAGCGUCGCCUCUCCGAGCAAGAAACGGUGGGGAGAAACCUGCUUAGCCAGCUCCAGAAGGAGCAGCAGAACGUCCAAGCCCUGGUAGAACAUGGGCAGGAGGCUUCCACGAAGGCUCAGGAGCUCUCCCAGGCCCUCGUCUUGAAGGAGGUGGAAACCACCAAGCUGGCGAAGCUCCUCUCUGAAAACUCUCUGGAGGUGGAGAAGCUCCAGCAGGAAGUGAUGGAGCGAGAACAAAGGAUGACCGAAGUCAGCAUCGGCAUGUCCGACCGGAUGGUGCAACUCAACGAGGAGAAGUUUAUGCUGGGGAAAGAGCUGAAGAGCGUGAUGGAGCAACUGAGCGUGCUGCAGCAAGGAAAGGAGACCAGAGAGCAGGCGGUGGAAACGGAGGAGGAACGGCCGCCAACGGAGGAGUUGCCCACCGAUGAAGCAGUGGAAGUUCUAAGGAAGGAGAACGAACUCGUGAGGAAGAAGCUGCAAGCUGCCCUUCUCAGCAGGAAGGAGCUUCUCAACAGGGUUCGCCAGCUGGAGCAGGAAGGAAAAGGUGGGGAAGAGCCUCCAGCCGAGAGCCGGGAGGUGGUGGCCCAGGAGAAUGAAGGAGGUGGACAUCCCUCCGAGAGUCAACGGCUCCAUAGUGGCCAAGGGCAUCCUGCAAGGCGGGACAGAGCUGCCUCACUCAGCCAGUUGCUCUCUGCAAAGGAAGCCACGUCACAGGACACCCCUGAGGAGAAAGAAUGCACGUGGCCACGGGCCGUGAUUACAGAGUUGCGGCAAAGUCUAGAGCAGAAGGAUCUCCAGAUAAACGCCUUGCAGGCUGAACUCGAACACUGCACGUUGGCCCCGGAGAAACAAAGUCCGGUGGAUCAGAAUUUGGAGGGGUCCAGCUCAGCAGAUCCUGGGGCAGGUGGAUCAAGCAGCAAAGCUGACUUUGGCCCGGAAGGAGAAAAUAGGACUGUCCAAGAAGAGUUCUCGGCGCUGGUCCAGGAGAGAGAAGAGCUCCAGAAGAAGCUGCAGGAAGCUCUGGUCUCACGCAAGGAGAUCAUCAAGAAAGCCAAGGAGAAGGAUCGUCAUUCUCGCGAGCUGCUAAAGCAGCAGAAGAACGACUACAACUUGCUGCAAGAGCAAUUUGAGCAGCAAAGCAGGGAGACGGAGAACCUGCAGGACCAGCUCCAGAUGAUGUCCAAGUUUCUGGAGAGCUUCCCUCCUCAAAAUCCUGCUGGAGAUGUUUCUUCUGAAGGGCCAGCAUCAGGGCUUGUGCAGGAGUCUGGCCAGGAGGUCAUUGAAGAACACACUUCCUUGGUAACCGAAGACUCAGUUGUGGGACAACUUAAGGCAGACUUUGAGAAGCUUCAGGCUGAGAAGAAAGAACUGGAAGCCCAGAUCAGAUAUCUGGAAGGAGAGCUUGACAGCAAGUCUGAGAAGACUCUGCUCCUUCAGGAGCAGGUCGAGCAACUCCUGGCUGAAGUGGAGAUGGCCAAAACUGCCUGCAGUCAGGUGGAAACCAGCAUGGCAAGCCUGAAGCUGGAAUUGCAGGAGAGCUGGGAAGAAAUUGCCAGGCAGGAGAGUCUGAGAUGCCACCAAGAGCAGAAGGAACUCAGCGGCAGAGAAGAAAUCCAAGGCCUUCACUCCCAAUUAAUGGAGAAAAGCGAGUCUCUUUGUUGCCUCCAGGCUGAGUUGCAAGAGAAGGAGAAUAGGGUCAAAGCUUUGCAGGGGCAGUUGGACCAAGCCCAACAGCUGCAGGCUGAGCUUCAGGUGAAAUCGGCAGAAGAAUCUGCGGAGACCCAAUCCAAAGCCCAGCUCCAGAGGAAGCUGCAGGCAGCCCUCAUCUCCAGGAAGGAAGCCCUAAAAGAGAGGAAGGGGCUGAGGGAUGAGUUGUCCGGCACCAAGGCCGCUCUGGAAAGCACCUCUCUCCAUCUUCAAGAGGCAGAGCUUCGGGCGUCUGAGCUGGACAAGGAGAAGGUGGUCCUGUUGAAGAAACUGGCGACCCUCAAGGAGGAACGGGACAAGCUCAUAUCAGCGGUGGACAAAGCGUUGGUGGAAAACCAGAAUGUGACUGGUUCCUGCGAGAGUCUGAAGUUGGCCCUGGAAGGGGUGACUCAGGAGAAGACAAGUCUUGAGGAGGAAAUGGACUCUCUGAAGGAAAGGCAGGCCCAGGAGCUCUCGGAGUGGCGGAGGAAACACGAGGAACUGCAGAAGGAGUAUGAGACGCUCCUGCAGUCGUACGAGAAUGUCAGCAACGAGGCCGAGCGGAUCCAACGGGUGGUGGAGAGCGUCCGACAGGAGAAGCAGGACCUCUUCCUCAAACUGAAAGAGGCGGAAGCGGAGAAGAAGGACGGGGAAGCUCGCCUGCAGGGAGCCGAACAGGAGAUGGAAGGCAUGAGGGAGAAAAUGAGGAAGUUUGCCAAAUCCAAGCAGCAGAAGAUCUUGGAACUAGAAGAAGAGAAUGAGCAGCUGAGGUUGGAAAUUCAUCCUGGGGAUGGUAGACAGGAUGGGGCAAAUUCUGCUCUUCAAGAAGAGCUGGAAGCCUCCAAGAAGAAUUGCCAGGCUCUUUCUGAUGAGCUGAAAGCCCUGGUGGCUGAGAAGGACAGCUUGAAGCAGGAAAUCCAGGAUUUGAGGCAGACUUUGCAAAAUAAGGAAGAUCAGAGCAGCCUCCAAGAGGAGAUGGUAGUCAGAAGCAAGAUGGUCGGUUCCACCAAGAUGUCAUCUUCAGAGGAGGCAGCUGAGGAACAAGGAGAUCCAGACACGGGUUCUGAAGUUCUCCCCACCACUGCUCCGAGCCUCAGGGACCAAAAGGAAGAUCUUAGCCCAGCUAACCCUUUGCGUGAUGAAAGAACUGGGGAUGUUCAGCCAGUGGCAGAGCUUCAGGAGCAAGUGGCAGCACUGGAAGAUGGGAGAAAGAUGGCGGUAGAGGAAAUGAAUAAGGCCCGUAAGAAUUUGAAGGUCCUGAAGGAAGAGAAGGACCACCUGGAAGGCUUACUGGCUGCGAAAGGCCAGGAACUGGAAGCUCUUCAAGGAAAGGUCCUCAAAGUGGAGGAAGCAUGUGGGCAAACCCAGGAACAGCUGGCCGAGGCGCUGAUGUUGAAAGAAGCUUUGGAAACUGAGAAGGAUGACCUUGAAGAGAGGCUGAUGAACCAGCUGGCUGAGUUGAAUGGCAGCAUUGGGAACUAUCAACAGGACAUGGCCAACCUGGAGAGCCAAAACCAGCAGCUCCUCGGAGAGCUGGGAAGUCUUCAGGGGUCCCUGAGCCGCCUGGAAGAGGAGAAGCGGCAUCUGUUGAGAGAGAAGCUCGAGGUGGAAGCCGAGAAGAAAGAGAACAUGGAAAAGGUCAAGAGCUCCUGGAAGGAGGACAACGGCCGGACUCAGACCAGAGAACUUCAGGAACUGCUGAAAGAGAAACAGCAAGAAGUGAGGCAGUUGCAGAAAGAUUGCAUUAAAAGCCAGGAGAAGGUCAGUAGCUUGGAGAGAACCAUCAAGGCCCUGGAGUUUGUCCAGAGUGAGUCCAAGAGGGAGCUGGAGACCACCAAGAAGAGCAUGGCGGAGGCAGAGGAGAAGACCAAGAAGGUCCAGGCUGAGUUGGCUUCCUGCAGAGUCUUGCUGGAUGAUACUCAGAGCGAAACUGCCCGAGUCGUGGCGGAGAGCCUGAAGGUGAAAGAGGAGCUUCAGAAGACCCAGGCUCAGUUCAGAGGUCAGCUGAGUCAAAAAGAGAAGGAACUUGAGAAACAUUUGGAGCAAGAGAAGGCCAAGCAUCUGAAGGAGAUGAGAAACAUGGAAGAGAGGUUGGAAGCCUUGCGGAAAAAGCAGACGUUCGCCGAGGAGUCGGCACGAGAACUCCAAGGGUCCCUGCGCCAAAAGGACCAAGAAGCCAAACAGAUUCAGGGCCACCUGAACCACACCUUAGCCCAGCUGGCAGCCUUCACCAGAAGCAUGUCCUCCCUGCAGGAUGACCGGGACCGGGUGAUAGACGAGUCCAAGCAGUGGGAGAAGAAGUUCAGCCAGGCCAUUGAGAAGAAGCAGCAGGAGCUCUCUGCUCAAGAAGAGGCCUGCGUUGCCUUGCAAGACCAGGUCAAGAAGAUGGCUCUCCAGGUGGAAGACCUCCAAGGCCUCGUUGUCAGCCUGGAACGCAGCAAAUCAGCCCAAGAGUCCCAAGCCCAGAAGGAGCUCCAGAACCAUCAAGAAGAAGUCCGAUUGCUCCAGGAGGAGAAGCACAGACUCGGACUACAGCUUGAAGAGGUCCAGCAGUCACUGGGCCACUCCCAGAGCCAGGUUCUCCAACAAGGAGGAGAACUUGGGUCUCUGAGAAAGCAGCUUGUUGACCUGCAGGCCUCCUUUGAGGACUGCGACCAAGUCCGUCUUGAGAUGUCGGAGACGGUGAAGAGCCACGAGGCCGGUCUUCAGGAUUACAGAUUCAGUCUGGAGCAGCUGGAGGCUGACCUGCAGGCUUCCAAGGAGCUGACGGACAGACUCCAUACCGAGAUGAGCUUCAAGGAGCAGAAGAUUGUCGGUCUCGUGGCUGCCAAGGAAGAGGCCGUAGCCAAAGCCCUGUUGGAAAUCCAACAGCAGCACAAGGAGGAGCUGAAGGAGUUGGAGAGCCAGAUGGCCAAGGCUGAAGCCGAGAAGGUGGCUUUGGAGGCCGAUAAAGCAAAAGCUCAGGAGAAAGUGAAUGGUCUCAUGAAGAAGCUGAAGAAUAUCCACGAGGAGAGCAAGCAGAACAAAGCUCAGCUAGAUUCCUUCACCAAAUCCAUGUCUUCUCUGCAAGAUGACCGGGACAGAGUUCUGGAAGACUAUCGGCAGCUGGAACAGCGUCACCUGGCCGCCAUUUUAGAGAAGGAUCAGCUGAUCCAGGAAGCGGCUGCAGAGAAUAACUCCUUGAAGGAGCAACUUCGGACCCUCCACGGUCAGCGGGAUGACUUGCAUGCCGAAAACGCCAAGUUGGAUGCCGAACUGGUACGGUACCGUGAAGACCUGAACCAAGUCAUCUCCAUCAAGGACAGUCAGCAGAAGCAGCUGCUGAAAACCCAGAUUGAGCGGAUCCAGGCCCUGGAGAAGGAGAAGGCAGGGAUGGAAGGCCAGCUGCAAGAGUCUGAACUUAGUUUGGCUAGCCUACAGCGAACCGUGGAGGCCCUGAAGCUGGAGAAGCAGAAUCUGGACCAGGAAGUCAAGAGUCUCAAGUCUUCCCUCUCCCAGAUGCAGGAUGAGAUCCUGGUUCUGAGGGAAGGUGGCGCCAUGAUGGAGCUGCAGUUGCAGUUGCAAGAGAAAGUGGAUGAAAUCCGGAGUUUAGGCGGGCAGCUCUCGCUGGCAAAUGAGCAGGUGGUGGGACUUGAAGAAGAGCUGGCUCACCUUCAUCAAACCACCUCUCAGAAGCUGCAGGAAGCGGACGCCAAGAUGAAGGAAGAGCUCAAGAGCUUCCAUCACGACACUGGACUCCUGCGGAACGAGACCGAGACAGCCGAAGAACGGGUGGCCGAGCUGGCCAAGGACCUCCUGCAGUUGGAGCAGAGCCUCCUUGUGGUCACAGAAGAAAACCAGGACUUGAAGGCCCAAAUCCGGUCGUUCAAGAAAGCCAUGAGUUCUCUCCAAGACAGCUGGGAUCAGUCUAAUGAAGAACGGCGGGCCCUGGAGAAGAGAUACGCGGGAGACCUGGAAGAGCAGAGGCAGCUGCUUCAAGGCCUCCAUCAGGAGAAGCUUCACCUUCAGGAGGCGCAAACCGCCCUGGAGGAGCAGAAGGACAGCAUGGCCUCCGAACUCGCUGCCCUCCGAGACUCAACGGAAGGGAAGGGCUUCUUGGAGAAGGUGGAGAAACUCAACCAGCAGCUUCAAUCCAAAGACACCCAACUUGCUCGCCUCUCUUCGGAGCUGGAGAGGGCCUCUGGCCAAGUGAAGGCCUUCUCUCAGGCCAUGGCCAGCCUGCAGGCUGAGCGGGACCGUCUGAUGAGCGAGCUGGACAAAACCCGCAAGACGGAGGAGGUGAAGCUGCAGUCGGCCACCGGCACGUCUUCCAGCCUGGCCGAAGUGCCGAGUCUCAAGAAGGCUCUCUCGUCCCUGCAGAACGACCGAGACCGGCUGGUAAGUCUUGAAUCCCCGCGGUGUGUCUUCGAAGAGAAGAACGCCCUCACCCACCAGCUCCGGGGAAGCAGCCGCAGCCUGCGCGAGACCCACCAGCAGCACAGCGAGGCUCUGGCCCGCUGCGCGUCCCUCGAAAAGCAGCUGCAGGAGUUGCAGAGUCCGGCAAAGACCGUGGGACCCCUCCUGACUGAUGCUGCUCCUGGGGCCCCCCAGGAGAAAGAUGAGACCAACAGGCGGGAGCUGCAGGAGCUUCAGAUGCAGUUGUCGGAGGCCAAGCAGCAGCAAAGCGGCGCCAGGCAGGGCCUGACCAAGCUCCAGAAGCUGCUGCAGGAGGAGCAGGAGAGGCGCCUGGCUGCCGAGGAGGCUUGCGCUGCUGCCCAGGAGCAGAUCCGCAGGUGGGAGUCCGAGGAGUGGGCUCAGUCCCCGGAUACCAGCAUUGCGAUGCCCCCCGGCCCUGAACACCCCCUGCUGCCGGGGUCUGCAGAGAGCUCCUUCAGCAAGGCUCGAGGGGGCCGGGGGCUGCAGCGUGCCCUGCGCUCCGUCUUCUGCCCCCGCCGGCUCUUCUCCCUGCUGGCCACCGUCUACCUCUUCGGCAUCCACCUGCUGCUCCUCCUCCACGUGGUGGGCCGCCUGUGA